GACUCAUGCUGUCCUCCAGCACACACAGACACUGAGAGAGAGAGAGAAAGAAAGAGAGACACACACACACACACACACACACACACGCUCACACUGAUAUACACUGAAGACAAAACGGAAAGGAUUGUCUGAUUUCUCCUGAGGAGCUGCAAAUAACCCUCGGAGAAGGAUGGCAGAGGGAGAGGGGGGAGAUGAGGAGAUACAGUUCCUACGAACGGAAGACCAAGUUGUGCUCCAGUGCAGUGCGACUGUUCUGAAGGAGCAGAUCAAACUAUGCCUUUCCUGUGAAGGGUUCGGGAACCGUCUGUGCUUUCUUGAGACUACGUCAAACGCACAGAAUGUGCCCCCUGAUCUGGCAAUCUGUGCCUUUAUACUGGAGCAGUCGCUCUCCGUACGAGCCCUGCAAGAGAUGCUGGCAAACACCGUGGAGAUGAUGGAGGCAGUCGAUUUGGAUAAAUGGUCAUCUCAGGGAGGGGGUCACCGAACGCUGCUCUAUGGUCAUGCCAUCCUCCUGAGACACUACCACUCUGGCAUGUAUCUGAGCUGCUUGACAUCAUCCCGGUCACUUACAGACAAACUGGCUUUUGAUGUGGGCCUGCAGGAGGAUUCAACAGGGGAAGCAUGCUGGUGGACCAUCCAUCCUGCAUCCAAGCAGAGGUCAGAGGGUGAGAAGGUCAGAGUAGGAGAUGACCUGAUCCUUGUUAGCGUGUCAUCAGAGAGAUACCUGCAUCUAUCCUAUGCUAGUGGGGAUCUGAUGGUAGAUGCAUCCUUCAUGCAGACUUUAUGGAACAUGAAUCCGGUCUGCUCAGGCUGUGAGCUGGCAGAGGGGUACGUAACCGGAGGUCAAGUCUUAAGACUGUUCCAUGGUCACAUGGACGAAUGUCUGGCUAUCUCAACACCUGAUCAGGGAGAGGAACAGCGCAAGAUUGCACAGUAUGAAGGAGGCGCUGUAUGUAAUCAGGCCCGUUCAUUGUGGAGACUUGAGCCUCUGAGAAUUGGUUGGAGCGGUAGCCACAUGAAGUGGGGCCAGGCCUUCCGCGUACGUCACAUCACAACGGGUAGAUACCUGUGUCUGGAUGAGGAAAAGGGACUGAUGGUUCUUGAUCCAGAGAAAGCCAACACCAAGCUGUCUGCUUUCUGUUUCCGUGCAUCAAAGGAGAAGGUGGAGGGGGCUCAAAAGAAGCGAGAUGUGGAAGGAAUGGGUGUUCCUGAGAUCAAGUAUGGCGAGUCCAUGUGCUUUGUGCAGCAUCUCUCCACAGGGCUGUGGCUCACAUAUGCUGCUCUAGAUGCCAAAGCAGCUCGCCUGGGAACCAUGAAGAGAAGGGCCAUUUUGCAUCAAGAGGGCCAUAUGGAUGACGCACUGACUAUGUCUCGCUCCCAGACAGAAGAAUCUCAGGCUGCUCGUAUGAUCUACAGCACCACUGGCCUUUUUGCACUGUUCAUCAAAGGCCUUGACUCUCUGAGUGGGAAGAACAAAUCCCCCAGUCCAGUGUCCCUGCCACUGGAUGCAGUAAUUCUGUCCUUGCAGGAUCUGAUCCACUAUUUCCAACCUCCAGAGGAGGAGCUGGAACACGAAGAGAAGCAGACCAAGCUGCGCUCUCUACGUAACCGGCAGAACCUCUUCCAAGAAGAGGGGAUGAUCACUGUCGUACUGGAGUGUGUGGAUCGUCUGAAUGUCUACAACACUGCUGCACACUUCUCUGAAUUUGCCGGGGAGGAAGCAGCAGAGUCUUGGAAAGAGAUUGUCAACCUGCUCUAUGAACUGCUUGCAUCUCUGAUCAGAGGAAACCGUGCAAACUGUGCUCUGUUCUGCGAUAAUCUGGACUGGUUGGUCAGUAAACUGGAUCGUCUAGAAGCGUCUUCAGGCAUUCUAGAGGUGCUGUACUGUGUUUUGAUUGAAAGUCCUGAAGUCUUGAACAUCAUCCAGGAGAACCACAUCAAGUCUAUAAUUUCUCUCUUGGACAAACACGGUCGCAACCAUAAGGUUUUAGAUGUGCUUCGCUCUCUGUGUGUGUGUAAUGGUGUAGCUGUGAGGUCCAAUCAAAACCUCAUCACAGAAAAUUUGCUUCCGGGUCGUGACCUUCUGCUACAGACUAACAUCAUUAACUACGUAUCAAGUGUGAGGCCCAAUGUCUACAUGGGCACAUGUGAAGGUUCCACACAGUACAAAAAGUGGUACUUUGAGGUGAUGGUGGACUAUGUGGAGGCAUAUGUGACGGCACAGGUUACACAUCUGCGUGUGGGCUGGGCAAUGAAUGAAGGCUACAGUCCUUACCCAGGAGGAGGAGAGGGUUGGGGUGGCAAUGGUGUGGGUGAUGACCUCUACUCUUACGGUUUUGAUGGCCUUCACUUGUGGUCAGGCCAUGUAUCGCGUCAGGUCGCUUCACCCAACCAGCACAUCCUGGCAGCAGAAGAUGUUGUGAGCUGCUGUCUAGAUCUGAGUGUGCCCAGUAUCUCCUUCCGUAUCAAUGGUCAUCCAGUCCAGGGGAUGUUUGAGAACUUCAAUCUUGACGGCCUUUUCUUCCCUGUUAUUAGCUUCUCUGCUGGAGUAAAAGCUCGCUUUCUUUUGGGUGGUCGUCACGGUGAUUUUAAGUUCCUACCCCCUCCCGGCUAUGCUCCGUGUCAUGAAGCUCUUCUCCCCAAAGACAGGAUGCACAUUGAGCCCAUUAAGGAGUAUAAACACGACUUUGAUUGUGUCAGAAACCUGCUGGGUCCCACACAGUCCCUCACGCACACCUCAUUUACUCCCUGCCCUGUUGACACUGCCCAGAUUGUGCUACCUCCUCAUUUGGAGCGCAUCAGAGAGAAGCUUGCAGAAAACAUCCAUGAACUUUGGGCCGUGACCCGUAUUGAGCAGGGUUGGACCUAUGGAGUGUUUAGGGAUGAUAAUAAGAAACUGCACCCAUGCCUGGUGGACUUUCAGAGUCUUCCAGAACCUGAGAGGAACUAUAACCUUCAGAUGUCUGGAGAGACCUUGAAAACCCUAUUAGCUCUUGGCUGCCAUGUAGGCAUGGGAGAUGAAAAAGCAGAAGAGAAUCUGAGGAAGAUCAAACUACCCAAAACAUAUGUGAUGAGCAGCGGGUAUAAGCCUGCUCCCCUGGAUCUCAGUCAUGUCAAACUGACGCCUAAUCAGAAUCAGCUGGUGGAGAAGCUGGCCGAAAAUGGGCACAAUGUGUGGGCACGAGACAGAGUGAGACAGGGUUGGACCUACAGCAUUGUGCAGGACAUCAUGAAUAAGCGAAAUCCUCGUCUGGUGCCAUACAUCCUGCUGGAUGAGAGAACCAAAAAGACCAACAGAGACAGUGUGAACAAUGCAGUACGCACUCUGAUUGGUUAUGGAUACAACAUUGAGCCCCCAGAUCAGGAGAGCAGUGGGCAUGGUGUUGACGAUGCACGUGGAGAUAAAGUGCGUAUCUUCAGGGCAGAGAAGCAGUAUGCCGUUACCUCAGGAAAGUGGUACUUUGAGUUUGAGGCUGUAACCACAGGAGAGAUGAGAGUAGGCUGGUCCCGACCAAACGUCCGCGCUGAUGUUGAGCUUGGUUCUGAUGAGCUGGCCUAUGUCUUCAAUGGAAACAGGGCUCAGCGAUGGCACAUUGGUAAUGAGCCAUUUGGGCGUCAAUGGAUGUCUGGUGAUGUGGUGGGCUGCAUGAUAGACCUCACUGAAAUGAACAUCAUGUUCACUCUUAACGGAGAGAUGCUGAUCAGCGAUUCUGGCUCUGAAAUGGCCUUCAAAGACAUUGAGAUUGGAGACGGUUUUAUUCCAGUCUGCACAUUGGGUCUGUCUCAGGUGGGUCGUAUAAACCUGGGUCAGAAUGUUAGCAGUCUACGCUACUUUGCCAUCUGUGGGCUUCAAGAAGGCUUUGAGCCAUUCGCCAUCAACAUGAAGAGAGACAUCACCAUGUGGUUCAGUAAGAGCCUGCCUCAGUUUGUUCCAGUGCCUACUGACCACAACCACAUUGAGGUGUCUCGUGUGGAUGGAACUGUGGACAGUGCCCCCUGUCUGAAAAUAAUGCACAAGACAUUUGGAUCCCAAAACGCUAACACAGACAUGCUGUUCUUCAGACUGAGCAUGCCUGUGGAGUUUGACCUGACCUUCAAGGUGCCUGCAGGUACCACUCCUCUUACACGUUCCCUCACCAUCCCAGAGGACGAGGUGCUGGAGGUAGACCCUGACUCUGAGUUUGAGGUGCUGAAAAAGUCAGCCAGUCGCAAAGAGCAGGAGGAGAAGGAAAAGGAGCCAUCAGUGCCCAAAGAUGUACAGAUUAUAAAAGAAAAUGACAAAGACACUGCAUCGGAGAAAGGAAAGAAGAAAGGUUUCCUGUUUAAGGCUAAAAAGGCGGCCAUGAUCACCACUCCCCCUCCAGCUCCUCUUAUGCCCCGUUUGUUUGAAGAUGUGGUGCCCGAUGACCGUGACGACCCAGAGAUCAUCCUCAAUACAACCACAUACUAUUACUCAGUGCGUAUCUUUGCCGGGCAAGAGCCUAGUGGGGUGUGGGUGGGCUGGGUCACCCCAGACUUCCACAUGUAUGACCUCAACUUUGACCUGUCUAAGGUCCGUACUGUCACUAUGACAGUUGGAGACGACAAGGGCAAUGUACACGACAGUAUAAGGAGGAGUAACUGUUACAUGGUGUGGGGAGGAGAGUUUGGCAACUCCCAACAGAAGUUCAGCCAGGAGGAUCUAGUGAUUGGUUGCUUGAUUGAUCUGGCAACAGGUCUCAUGACUUUCACUGCCAACGGGAAGGAGAUCAACCGUUUCUAUCAGGUGGAGCCCAACACAAAACUGUUCCCAGCUGUGUUCACACUGCCGGGCAGCCAGAACAUGCUACAACUGGAGUUGGGAAAACUCAAGAAUAUCAUGCCUCUUUCAGCGGCCAUGUUCCGUAGUGAGCGUACGAACCCGGUGCCUCAGUGUCCACCUCGGCUGGACGUAGAGAUGCUGACCCCAGUGAUCUGGAGCAGGAUGCCAAACCAUUUCCUGAAACCAGAAGUAGGACGGGCCAGCGAAAAGCAUGGCUGGAUGGUGGAAUGUACGGAGCCUCUCACCAUGAUGGCUUUGCAUAUACCUGAAGAGAACAGGUGUAUUGAUAUCCUGGAACUUUCUGAGCAGCAUGAUCUACUGAAAUUUCACUAUCACACUCUGAUGCUUUACUGUGCCGUAUGUGCAUUGGGCAACAAUCGUGUGGCCCAUGCUCUUUGCAGUCAUGUGGACGAAUCACAACUCUUCUAUGCUAUCGAAAACACCUACCUGCCUGGCCCUCUCCGCAGCGGCUACUACGACCUUCUCAUCAGUAUCCACCUAGAGUCAGCCAAACGCAGCCGCUUAGGAACUAACCGGGAGUUCAUCAUUCCCAUGUCGGAAGAGACCCUCAGUAUUACACUUUUCCCGGAUGCAGAGGCAGCUCAUGACCUGCCUGGAGUGGGCCUCACUACCUGCCUCAGACCCAAGCUACACUUCUCCCCCAUCAACUUUGUGGGCACUGACCCAGACCUGUACACCCUCAGCCCCAUUAUCCCACUGCUGGAGCUGAAGACCCAGGCUCUGAGCAUGCUGACCGAAGCUGUGUUUGACGGCAGUCAUGCUAUGCGCGAUCCUGUAGGGGGCAGCGUUGAGUUCCACUUUGUUCCAAUCCUUAAACUAAUCAGCACCCUCCUCAUAAUGGGCAUUUUCAAUGAUGAGGAUGUCAAGCAUAUCCUCAAGAUGAUCGAACCCAGUGUGUUUGGAGCAAAAGAGGAGGCAGGAGAGAAAGGGGAACCAGGAGAGGCAGCUGCACCCAAGGAGGAGGGAGAGGAGUUAAAAGAGAAAGAAGAGUUGGCUAAAGUAGAGGAGGUGGUGGAUGAAGGAGUAGGGGAGGAGGAGGAGGAGGAGGAGGAAGAGCUGAAAGCCCUGAAGAAGGAGGAAGAGGAAGGCAAAGAGUUCAAGAAGGCGGUGGAGGAGGAGGAGGAAGGAGAGAAGGUUGAUGGGGAAAAAGCAGAGGAAGAGGAAGCAGCAGAAUUCCAAGAGGAGGCCAAAGAGGAGGAAGAGGAAGCACCGGAGGAGGGGCUACUCCAAAUGAAGCUUCCAGAGUCUGUAAAACUGCAGAUGUGUACACUUCUGCAGUAUUUCUGUGACUGUGAGCUCAGACACAGAGUGGAGGCUAUUUUGGCAUUCUCCAAUAACUUCAUACAGCAGAUCCAAACAAACCAGCGUGAACGAUACAGUACGCUAAUGAGAGCAUUUACAAUGUCCGCUGCAGAAACUGCUCGCAGGACCCGAGAGUUCCGCUCCCCUCCGCAGGAACAGAUUUUCCUGUUGACUAACUUCAAGCACAGCCCAGAGGAGGAGGACUGCCCAGUGCCUGAGGAAGUGAGAGAAACCCUUCAGAAUUUCCAUAUUGACCUCAUGAAUCACUGCGGUGUCCUUGUUGAAGAAGAAGAGGAGGAGGAAGAGGUGGACACGUCUCUCAGAGGAAGACUGCUCAGUUUGGUGGAGAAGGUUAAGAGCCUCAGGAAGAAAAAGGAGGAAGAGGAGCCAGAACCAGAAGAAGAACCCAAACCUAGCACAUUACAAGAGCUUAUUUCCCACACAAUGAUUCACUGGGCUCAGGAAUCCUUCAUUCAGAACCCUGAGCUGGUGCGGCUGAUGUUCAGUCUUCUCCAUCGGCAAUAUGAUGCUCUGGGAGAGUUGAUCAGAGCAUUGCCUAAGGCCUAUGCCAUCAACGCUGUGUCCAUACAGGACACCAUGGACCUGCUGGAGUGCCUGGGGCAAAUCCGCUCCCUGCUCAUUGUCCAGAUGGGCCCAGAAGAGGAGAGGCUUAUGAUCCAGAGCAUUAGUAACCUCAUGAACAACAAAGUGUUUUACCAGCACCCUAAUCUUAUGCGAGCCCUGGGCAUGCAUGAGACAGUCAUGGAGGUCAUGGUAAACGUGCUGGGAGGUGGAGACUCUAAGGAAAUUAGAUUCCCACAGAUGGUGACCAAUUGCUGUCGCUUCCUGUGCUACUUCUGUAGGAUCAGCCGUCAGAACCAGCGAUCCAUGUUUGACCAUCUCUCAUACCUGCUGCAGAACAGUGGCAUUGGACUGGGAAUGCGUGGAUCCACGCCUCUUGAUGUUGCUGCUGCAUCCUGCAUUGACAACAAUGAGCUGGCCCUGGCUCUUCAAGAACAAGACCUUGAGAUGGUGGUGACGUACCUGGCUGGCUGCGGCCUGCGGAUGUGUCCCAUGCUCCUGUCUAAAGGCUACCCUGACAUAGGGUGGAAUCCAUGUGGUGGAGAGAGAUACUUGGACUUUCUGCGCUUUGCUGUGUUUGUCAAUGGUGAGAGCGUAGAAGAGAACGCCAAUGUAGUUGUUCGUCUGUUAAUUCGUCGGCCUGAGUGCUUCGGCCCCGCCCUGAGAGGAGAGGGUGGUGCAGGUCUGUUAGCUGCCAUUGAGGAGGCUAUUAAGAUCUCUGAAGACCCUGCCAGAGAUGGACCCACUCCUAAAAAGGACAGACGUUUCAUGUUUGGAGGGGAGGAGCAACAUGAGGACAACAGAGUGCAUCUUGGGAAUGCCAUUAUGUCAUUUUACUCAGCCCUUAUUGACUUGUUGGGUCGCUGUGCCCCUGAGAUGCACUUGAUCCAAGCAGGUAAAGGUGAAGCUUUGAGAAUCAGAGCCAUCUUGAGGUCAUUGGUGCCCAUUGAAGAUCUAGUGGGAGUCAUCAGCUUACCUGUUCAGAUUCCCACAUUUGGCAAAGAUGGGCAGAUAGUUGAGCCAAAAAUGUCAGCGAGUUUCGUGCCAGACCACAAAGCCUCCAUGGUGCUUUUCUUGGACAGAGUGUACGGCAUUGAUAACCAGGACUUCCUGUUACAUGUGCUGGAAGUGGGCUUUCUGCCCGAUAUGAGAGCUGGAGCCUCUCUGGAUACGGCGGCAUUUAGCACCACAGAGAUGGCACUGGCUCUGAACCGUUACCUGUGCUCUGCUGUGCUGCCUCUGCUCACUAAGUGUGCCCCACUGUUUGCUGGCACAGACCACCGUGCCAUUAUGAUCGACUCUAUGCUGCACACUAUCUAUAGGCUGUCCCGUGGCCGUGCUCUUACCAAAGCUCAGAGAGACGUAAUUGAGGACUGCCUCAUGUCACUUGUCAAGUAUUUGCGGCCAUCUAUGUUGCAGCAUCUGUUGAGGAGGCUAGUAUUUGAUGUGCCAAUCCUAAACGAGUAUGCCAAGAUGCCUCUCAAGUUGCUGACCAAUCACUAUGAGCGCUGCUGGAAGUAUUAUUGUCUACCUAAUGGAUGGGCCAACUUUGGAAUCACAUCAGAAGAGGAGCUGCAUCUCUCUCGGAAACUCUUCUGGGGCAUCUUUGAGUCCCUCGCACACAAGAAAUUUGAUGCAGAGUUGUUUAAGAUCGCCAUGCCCUGUAUCUGUGCCAUUGCGGGUGCCAUCCCUCCAGACUACGUUGAUGCCAGCUAUUCAUCCAUGACUGAGAAAAAAGCAUCUGUUGAUGCUGAGGGCAACUUUGAUCCCAAGCCAGUGGAGACAACCAACACAAUCAUCCCUGAGAGGCUGGAUGCCUUCAUAAACAAAUAUGCUGAGCACACACAUGAUAAAUGGGCCUUUGAGAAGAUCCAAAACAACUGGACAUAUGGAGAGGUUCUAGAUGAGAAUGCCAAAACCCAUCCCAUGCUGCGACCAUACAAGACUUUCUCAGAGAAGGAUAAGGAGAUCUAUCGCUGGCCCUUUAAAGAGUCCAUCAAGGCUAUGCUGGCAUGGGAAUGGACUCUUGAGAAAUCCAGAGAUGGAGAAACUGAGAAAACAGAGGCCACUAGGAAGAUCUCUCAGACUGCUCAGGCCACCUAUGACCCAAGCCAGGGAUACUCUCCCCAGCCAGUAGACCUAACAAGCAUGGCCUUGUCCAGAGAGCUACAGUCCAUGGCAGAGCAGCUCGCUGAAAAUUACCACAACACAUGGGGCCGCAAGAAGAAGAUGGAACUGCAAGCCAAGGGUGGUGGCACCCACCCUUUGCUGGUACCAUACGAUACGUUGACGGCCAAGGAGAAGGCAAGGGACAGAGAGAAAGCACAAGACCUGCUCAAAUUCCUCCAGUUCAAUGGAUAUGCUGUCACCAGAGGUUUGAAGGACAUGGAGCAGGAAAUUUCCUCCAUUGAGAAGCGCUUUGCUUACGGGUUCCUACAGAAGCUGUUGAAGUGGAUGGAGAUUUCACAGGAGUUUAUUGCUCAUCUUGAGGCCGUUGUGAGCAGUGGAAGAGUUGAGAAAUCUCCUCAUGAACAGGAGAUUAAAUUCUUUGCCAAGAUUCUGCUUCCAUUGAUAAACCAAUACUUUAAGAAUCACUGCCUGUAUUUCCUGUCCACACCAGCUAAAGUCCUAGGCAGUGGUGGCCACGCCUCCAACAAGGAGAAAGAGAUGAUUGCUAGUAUCUUCUGUAAGUUGGCUGGUCUAGUGAGACACAGGGUUUCCCUCUUUGGCACUGAUGCCUCAGCAGUGGUCAACUGUCUUCAUAUCUUUUCCCGCUCGCUGGAUGCCAGGACCGUGAUGAAAUCUGGCCCAGAGAUUGUGAAGGCUGGUCUGCGCUCUUUCUUUGAGAGCGCUGCCGAUGAUAUUGAGAAGAUGGUUGAGAACCUCAAAUUGGGGAAGGUGUCCACAAAAAACCAGGUGAAAGGUGUAUCUCAGAAUAUAAACUACACCACCAAAGCUCUGCUGCCAGUGCUCACCUCUCUGUUUGACCACAUUGCACAGCACCAAUUUGGAGAUGAUGUCAUCUUGGAUGAUCUGCAGAUAUCCUGUUACCGUAUCAUGUGCAGCAUCUACUCCCUGGGCACUGUAAAGACCCCUCAUGCCGAGAACCAAAGACCUGCUUUAGGAGAGUGUCUGGCUCAUCUGGCUGCUGCCAUGCCUGUUGCCUUCCUGGAGCCCAAUCUCAAUGAAUUCAACACCUACUCUGUGUACACAACCAAAACCGCUCGAGAGAGAACAAUCCUGGGUCUGCCCAGUCAAGUACAGGAGCUUUGUCUAGACAUCCCUGAGCUCGAUGUGUUGAUGAAGGAUAUCGGGCAUCUGGCAGAAUCUGGGGCCCGUUACACAGAGAUGCCACAUGUGAUUGAGAUCACCCUGCCCAUGCUGUGUAACUAUCUGCCUCGCUGGUGGGAGAGGGGACAAGAGAACUUCCCAGAGCAGGAGGGUCAACUUUGCACUGAUGUCACCUCUGAGCAACUUAAUCAAUUGCUGGGCAGCAUCAUGAAGAUCGUUGUCAAUAACCUGGGCAUUGAUGAAGCUUCCUGGAUGAAGAGACUGGCAGUGUUUGCUCAGCCCAUCGUGAGCAGAGCGAAACCGGAGAUGCUGAAGUCCCACUUCAUCCCCACCAUGGAGAAGCUUAAGAAGCGCAGUGGAAAGGUGGUGGCUGAGGAGGAACAGCUGCGUAUGGAAGGGAAGACGGAGGUAGACAGCGAGGAGGGAACCAUUCGCGAUGAAUUUGCUGUGCUCUGCAGGGAUCUGUAUGCUCUUUACCCACUGCUCAUCAGAUAUGUGGACAACAACAGGGCGAGAUGGUUGACGUGUCCUGACCCUGAUGCUGAGGACCUCUUCAGGAUGGUUGGAGAGGUCUUCAUUUUCUGGUCUAAAUCUCAAAACUUCAAGCGUGAGGAGCAGAACUUUGUGGUGAUGAAUGAGAUUAACAACAUGUCCUUCCUCACUGCUGACAGUAAAAGCAAGAUGAGCAAGGCCGGGGACGCAGAGGGUGGAGGCUCAGAUGUUGAGCGGACCAAGAAGAAGCGGCGUGGGGACCGUUACUCCGUGCAGACAUCAUUGAUUGUAGCAGCCCUGAAGAAACUGCUCCCCAUUGGCCUCAACAUGUGCUCUCCUGCAGACCAAGAGCUCAUAAACAUGGCCAAGAUCCGCUAUUCCCUGAAAGACACAGAUGAGGAAGUAAGGGAGUUUCUGCAGAAUAACCUUCAUCUGCAGGGCAAAGUGGAGGACCCUUCCAUGCGCUGGCAGAUGGCUCUGUAUAAAGAGACCUCAGGUAAAGCUGAAGAUGCUGAUGCACCAGAUAAAGUUGUGAAGAGAGUCCAGGAAGUUUCUGCUGUUCUCUACCACCUUGAGCUUACUGAGCACCCAUACAAGUCUAAGAAGAUGGUUUGGCACAAGCUUCUGUCCAAACAGCGUCGUAGGGCGGUGGUGGCCUGCUUCAGAAUGACACCACUGUACAACAUCCCUAGGCACCGGGCAUCUAACAUGUUCCUUGAUGGAUACAAGCGCAACUGGAUUGAAAAUGAGGGCUACUCGUUUGAAGACAAAAUGAUAGAUGACUUAUCUAAAGCCAUGGAGCAGGAAGAGGAAGAAGAGGAAGAACCUGAAAAAAAACCGGACCCCCUUCAUCAGCUCAUCCUUCAUUUCAGCCGCACCGCUCUCACCGAGAAAACCAAACUUGAAGUGGAUCAUUUGUACAUGUCAUAUGCUGAUAUUAUGGCAAAAAGCUGCCACAUUGGUGAGGAGGACGAAGGGGGAGAGGAGGGGGGUGACGAGUCAUCCUUUGAGGUGCGACAGACAGAGAUGGAGAAGGAGGUGGAAAAACAGAGGCUUCUUUACCAACAGUCACGCCUACAUGAUCGUGGAGCAGCUGAAAUGGUGCUACAGAUGAUCAGUGCCUGCAAAGGUGAAACAGGAGCCAUGGUGUCCUCUACUCUCAAACUUGGCAUCUCCAUCCUCAAUGGUGGCAAUUGUGAUGUUCAACAGAGAAUGUUAGACUACUUGAAGGACAAGAAAGAUGUCGGCUUCUUUUUGAGCUUACAGGCCCUUAUGCAAACCUGCAGUGUUUUGGACCUGAAUGCAUUUGAGAGGCAGAAUAAGGCUGAGGGGCUUGGAAUGGUGUCUGAGGAGGGCUCGAAGGAGAAAGUGAUGGCGGAUGAUGAAUUCACUUGCGACAUCUUCCGCUUCCUGCAACUGCUCUGUGAAGGCCACAACAACGACUUCCAGAACUAUCUGCGAACACAGACAGGUAGUACAACCACAAUCAACAUCAUCAUCUGCACUGUUGACUAUCUGCUCAGACUGCAGGAGUCUAUCAGUGACUUCUACUGGUAUUACUCUGGGAAGGAUAUUAUUGAUGAACCAGGCAAGAGGAACUUCUCUAAGGCAAUGACAGUUGCUAAACAGGUCUUCAACAGCCUUACAGAGUAUAUUCAGGGUCCUUGCACUGGUAAUCAGCAGUCUCUGGCUCACAGCAGAUUGUGGGAUGCCGUGGUGGGCUUCUUACACGUGUUUGCACACAUGAUGAUGAAGCUAGCACAGAUCCCUGACCCAGGACUCCGAAAUGGCGAUCAUUUCUGGAGUAGAACACACUCCGAGGAUUCCAGUCAAAUUGGUCUGUUGAAGGAGCUCCUGGAUCUACAGAAGGACAUGGUGGUCAUGCUUCUUUCUCUACUGGAGGGCAACAUUGUGAAUGGCACAAUCGCUCGCCAGAUGGUUGACAUGCUGGUUGAGUCAUCUAGCAAUGUGGAGAUGAUUCUCAAGUUCUUCGACAUGUUCCUCAAACUGAAGGAUAUUGUGGCAUCAGAUGCCUUCCGUGACUAUGUGACGGACCCUCGUGGCCUCAUCUCCAAGAAGGACUUCUCCAAGGCUAUGGACAGUCAGAAGCAGUACACACCAUCUGAGAUUCAGUUCCUGCUGUCCUGCUCCGAGGCAGACGAGAAUGAGAUGAUAAAUUUUGAGGAGUAUGCUGAUCGCUUCCAAGAGCCAGCAAAAGACAUCGGCUUUAACAUUGCUGUGCUGCUCACCAACCUCUCUGAGCAUGUUCCACAUGACACUCGCCUGCAGAACUUCUUGGAGCAAGCUGAGAGUGUGCUGAACUAUUUCCGCCCCUUCCUGGGCCGUAUCGAAAUCAUGGGCGCCAGCAAGAGGAUUGAGCGCAUCUACUUUGAGAUCAGCGAGGCCAAUCGCAACCAGUGGGAGAUGCCUCAGGUCAGAGAGUCAAAGCGGCAGUUCAUCUUUGAUGUGGUCAACGAAGGUGGGGAAUCUGAGAAGAUGGAGCUCUUUGUGAACUUCUGCGAGGACACCAUCUUUGAGAUGAACAUUGCCUCACAGAUCUCCGAGCAGGAAGAGGAGGUUGUGGAAGACGAGGAUGAGGAAGAAGAGGAGAGCGGUGGUGUAGGAAACAGAGAAGGAGAAGGAGAGGAAGGCAAUGGAGAAGAAGCACCACCUCAAUCCAGCUCAGCAUUUGCUGAUUUCAUCAAGAGCAUAGUGAAAUUCCUAAACCUGUUCACUUUCCAUAAUCUCAGGCGCCGUUACCGCAAAAUCAGGAAGAUGACCAUAAAGGAUAUGAUUGUUGGCUUGGUGAUGUUCCUCUAUACGGUCCUCUUUGGCAUUUUACAUUUCAUCUACAGUGUGUGCAAAGGCUUCUUCUUGCUCAUCUGGAACACACUCUUUGGAGGUGGUCUGGUGGAGGGAGCAAAGAAAAUGACGUUGACAGAGAUUUUGACUAACAUGCCCGACCCAACUCAGGAUGAGGUGCACGGUGACCUGCCCCCUGAGCCUGGAGCAAGAAAUGUUCAAGAAUCGGGUGGAACUGGGGAGGGCGAGGAGGGAGCAGGUGGAGGAGAGGAAGAAGAAGAAGAUGGAGAAGAGGCUGAUGGAGGAAGGCCUGGGUUUGGUCCGCAUGGUGGACUCGGAGACAUGGGAGAGACUGAGCCAGAGGAGCCGCCAACUCCAGAAGGCAGCCCACUACUGAAGAGGAAACUGUUGAGUGAAGGAGGAGAAGGAGAGCUGGUAGAGGAGGAGAAAGUAGAGGAAGAAGCAGCCCCAGAAACAGAAAAAGCAGAUGCUGAAAAUGGAGAGAAGGCUAGGAAGGAGGCAGAGGCCAAGCCAGAGGAACAACAAGAUGAGCAAGAGGAGAAAAAGACAAAGGCUAAAGCAAAGAAAGGCAAGAAAGAGGCAGAAAAGGGCUUUGAACUCUGGAAUGAACUUGAAGUCCAAAGAAUCAAAUUCAUGAAUUAUUUGUCUCGCAAUUUCUACAACCUGCGCUUCCUGGCUCUGUUUAUUGCAUUUGCCCUGAACUUCAUUCUACUCUUCUACAAGGUGUCUGACAGCCCCCCUGGUGAGGAGGAGCUUGAGGGAUCAGCUAUGUUUGAGGGCUCUGGUGUAUUCGAGGGCUCUGAUGUAUUUGAAGGCUCAGGUGUUUUUGAGGGCUCUGGUGGAGAGGCUGAAGGUUCCGGAAUGGAGGAGAAUGGAGAGGAAGAUGAUGAAGAAGGUUUUGUCUAUUACUUUCUGGAAGAGAGCACUGGAUAUAUGCAGCCUGCCAUGGCCUUCUUUUCAAUUUUACACACCAUUAUUUCCUUUCUGUGUAUCAUCGGCUACAAUUGUCUGAAGGUUCCUUUGGUCAUCUUCAAGAGAGAGAAGGAGCUGGCCCGUAAACUGGAGUUUGAUGGUCUGUAUGUAACUGAGCAGCCAGAGGAUGAUGACAUCAAGGGCCAAUGGGACAGACUGGUCCUCAAUACACCGAGUUUCCCCAACAACUACUGGGACAAAUUUGUGAAGAGAAAGGUGCUGGAGAAGUAUGGUGACAUCUACGGUAGAGAGAGAAUCGCUGAACUGCUGGGAAUGGACCUAGCCGCUCUAGACGUCAGCGCUAUGACACACGAGAAGAAAGCUCAGCCUGAUUCCUCAAUGUUUACUUGGUUGACGUCUAUUGAUAUCAAGUACCACAUCUGGAAAUUUGGUGUUGUGUUCACUGAUAAUACCUUCCUGUACCUGGUUUGGUAUACGGUUAUGUCACUGCUUGGUCACUACAAUAACUUCUUCUUUGCCUGUCAUCUGCUGGACAUCGCAAUGGGUGUCAAAACCCUGCGCACCAUCCUGUCCUCUGUAACCCACAAUGGCAAGCAGCUGAUGAUGACUGUUGGUUUGCUGGCUGUGGUGGUCUACCUCUACACCGUAGUGGCCUUCAACUUCUUCCGAAAGUUCUACAACAUGAGUGAGGAUGAAGGUGAACCGGAUAUGAAGUGUGACGACAUGAUGACUUGUUAUCUAUUCCAUAUGUAUGUGGGUGUGAGGGCCGGUGGUGGUAUAGGAGAUGAGAUCGAAGAUCCGGCUGGUGACGAGUAUGAGCUUUAUCGUGUGGUUUUUGAUAUCACCUUCUUCUUUUUUGUCAUCGUCAUCCUGCUGGCCAUCAUUCAGGGUCUGAUCAUUGAUGCCUUUGGUGAGCUGAGAGAUCAGCAGGAGCAGGUCCGAGAAGACAUGGAGACUAAGUGCUUCAUCUGUGGAAUUGGAAGUGACUACUUUGACUCGACUCCGCAUGGCUUUGAAACGCAUACGUUGGAGGAGCACAAUUUAGCCAAUUACAUGUUCUUCCUGAUGUAUUUAAUCAACAAAGAUGAAACCGAGCACACAGGACAGGAGUCAUAUGUAUGGAAAAUGUACCAGGAACGAUGCUGGGACUUCUUCCCGGCUGGUGACUGUUUCAGGAAGCAAUAUGAGGAUCAACUUGGCUAAUUCCACAUUCUGGAAAGUGUGUGUGUUUGUGUGUCUGAAAAUAACUUCAGCUACGCUGGUCAGAGAGAAAAUUUAGAAAAAUAGCCAAAAGAAGGGAACAAGAGAUAAAUGACCGACUGUAGCCUUGAUUCUGUUCUCUCGACCCUCAUCAUAAGCCAACACAUCACACUGACCACACAAACUCCUUCAUAAUACUUAAACCCUUUCAAUUUCCCCUUGUGUUUAACUAAAUGAGAGAAAAAUGAUCAAACAUUGUGUUUCAGAGAUAAGGAAGAAAGUAUUUUAUACACUACAUGGCCUUUACUUCUCCAUAAAAGAAGCUAAAAUGAACUAACACCCCUAAAAAAGCCUUCUUUUCCUCUCUCUGUUUUGUCUAUCUGUCACUUUGAAUCAUAAAAGUAUCACAGUGCCUAAUAUCAAUCUACUACUACAGUGAGAAUUUAAGUAUGAUGAUUUUAUUGAUCGUCUGUACCUAUCUUUUUAUGUGUUGAGCACUAGCUGUCUAGAACCUUUAAUUUAGCCUAUAAAGUAUAGCUUGGUUUUAUGUCUAUAUUUAUUUAUUUAUUUAUGUAUACCACAGAAAUAUAUCAAAUGAGUUGUAGCAUCAUGCUAUUAAGUAUUAAGCCAGGCUUUUUACCUGGGACCUCGUGCGAAUGUGAGAAUGCGUGCAACAAACAUAUACUGAUCACCAACAACAUUAGAACCACCUGUUUAAUAUUGUGUAGGUCCCCCUUGUGCCACCAAAACAGCGCCAACCCGCAUCUCAGAAUAGCAUUCUGAGAUGCUAUUCUUCUCAUCACAAUUGUUCAGAGCUAAUUGUAUCUGAGUUACCGUUCUGGCCAUUCUCUGUUAACUUCCCUCAUCAACAAGGCAUUUUUAUCCACAGAACUGCCACUCACUUGAAGUUUUUUGUUUUUGGCACCAUUCAGAGUAAUUCUAGAGACUUUUGUAUGUGAAAAUCCCAGUUUAGCAGUUACAGAAAUAGUCAAACCAGCCCAUCUGGCACCAACAAUCAUCCAUGCAAUUAUCUAAUUAGCCAAUCAUGUUGCAGCAGUGCAGUGCAUAAAACCAUACAGAUACGGGUCAGGAGCUUCAGUUAAUUUUCACAUCAACCAUCAGAAUGGGGAAAACAUUUGAUCUCCGUGAUUUGGAGCGUGGCAUGAUUGUUGUUGCCAGACAGGCUGGUUUGAGUGUUUCUGUAACUGCUGAUCUCCUGGGAUUUUCACACACAUAAGUCUCUAAAAUUUACUCUGAAUGGUGCUAAAAACAAAAAACAUCCAGUGAGGGGCAGUUCUGCAGACAGAAACACCUUGUUGAUAAUAGAGUUCAACAGAGAAUGGCCAUAAUGGUUUGAACUGACAAAGUCUACGCUAACUCAGUCAACCACUCUGUACAAUUGUGGUGAGAUGCAAGUUGGCGCUGUUUUGGCAGCAUGAGGGGGACCUACAUAAUAUUAGUCAGGUGGUUUUAAUGUUGAGGCUGAACGGUGUAUCUUAAUACUAUUUUAUUCUUGAGAGGAAAGUAUUACAGUCCCAAAAAUUCUUUCCCCCUCUGUUUUGGGUUUCAGAAAAUUCAAAAACAACUUUUGCAACUGUCUUAGGUAUGUUCUUGUCUUGUGAGCAAUUUUAACUUUUAAAACAUGUUAAGCCACCUGUUUUGCACUCUAUAGUCUUAUAGUGGGACACUCUAUCCAUGCCAAGCAUACACUUGGUGUCCUGCUACACAAUGCUGUAUUAGAAAUAUAGAGGUGGGGAUAGUUUGUGGGUCGUUCGUUUUAUUCAAAUAUUCCUCUCAAGAUAUACCAGACAAUGACUUCUUACUCUGAUUAUGGGAAAGAAACACUAUCAUAUCUAUAUGCACAGGUGUUUCAGUAUUACCAGUGCAGUUCAAAUGUGUGUGCAGAAAGCAAUAGAUCUAUACUGUCAUUUAAGACCUUGACAUGAAUGAUUCUGUUCAUACUGCAACUUAUUAACUUAAAUACAUAGAUUAUAUAUUUUUUGUUGAAGCUAUAAAUAAUUAAUUGGAUGCUCUUGAGUAUUUCUUAUGUACCUUUUUGGGCAAAAAUUAGAAAUGUUGGGUGCAAACUAGAUUGUUAACAUGUAGAAUUAACAAAGACAAUGUGUUUUGCCAUUAGAUUUUUAUUGUUUUCUUUUUGGCAAAUCUUUUUCUGUCAAAUAUAGAUGAAGUAUGUAGAUGUAGGUCUCUGAUAUUUGUGCAUCAAAAGUCUCAGAGCGACCGAAACUUGAGCAAAUAAACUAAUGCGUAAUAUUUCACCUUGUGUUCUGCGGACAUGUUUUAACAGCACAUUAAGAGUGUGUGUUGAGGUCUUUUGGUGUGUUUUGCUCUGAAAGCUCACAGAGGGAAGAAAUCCAUCAUCAUCUUUACAUCUAUCUGUGUAUCAGACUGAAUCCGGUUUCAGUGCACAUUAAACAGAUUACAAUAUUUUAAGAGCACCUCUGUCUGAACUCUGUUCUUUAGCCAUGAAAGCUCAUAAAAGUUACUUUGUGUCUUAGCUUUGUAUCCUUGUUGUUUGCUGUAGUUUCUGUGAGAGCCUAUGAAUGUUCUUAUGUGCAGUUCUGCACCAUAGCAAUUCAGACCAGCUAGUCAGUGUAUUAAUAAGUUAAGAAGUCUAUUAAUUGAAAUAAUAAUAUUAGACAUUUCAUAAUGUUCCAUCCCUCUAGUAUUUCGGUUGCUGAUAACCACGAAUGGAAGGAGUGGGAAAAAAGUACAGGCUCUAUUUUUAGGGGUGUUGUCUCCUAUUGUUAUAGCUAUGCCACAGUUUCAUGAUGAAACACUUACAUAACUAGCUGACUUGACAUGAGGACAAUUAAAGAAUUAAAAUAAAAAGUUAUCUGGACUGUUUCUCAGACCUUCCCAAAAGGCUUGUAAAAAAUCCCUGAAAAUAAAUGGUUGUACGUGUUGCUGCUUGUUACCAGUUUGCUCUCACUCUGUAUCUCCGGGAGGUUCAUGGGAGGAUCUUAAAGGUCUUUGUAAACUGGUGGCAUUCAUUAUAUUUCUUCUACCAGUUCACACCCUUUUCUUAGGUGGACAUCCUGGAGAUUGUGGCAGACAUUCAGCUCUCCUGUACAUCCACUUCUGAUGAAGCUCUUCUUAAAUCGACAGAGAGAGAGAGAGAUGUAGUUUCACCUGCUUUGCAAACACUUUAAAUAUCAUCUCUGUUUGAAUCUUAAUUGUGAAAUGUAAAUAAAUAUUAACAACAAUUUGUUAUUAAUAUCAAAAGUACGUACAUUACAAAAAUAAUGAAUGGCCUUCAAGUACAUACCAUUAUGUUAAUCUAAAUUUCAUGCACAAUUAUUAUUUUUUUUCUUCCUUUUUGCAUUUUAGCUUUUAGAGGAUGACCAAAAUUAUCUUUUGAAACAAAACUACUGUUUUUCUUUUUAUCCCCUUUUCUACCAAUUUGGAAUGCCCAAUUCCCAUUACUUUGUAGGUCCUCGUGGCACGGUUACUCACCUCAAUCUGGUGGUGGAGAACAAGUCUCAGUUGCCUCCGUUUCUGAGACCGUCAAUCCACGCAUUUUAUCAUGUGACUCGUUGUGCAUGACACUGCGGAGACUCUCAGCAUGUGGAGGCUCAUGCUACUCUCCACGAUCCACGCACAACUUACCAAGCACCCCAUUGAAAGCGAGAACCACUAAUAGUGAUCACGAGGAGGUUAUCCCAUGUGACUCUACCCUCCCUAGCAACCGGGCCAAUUUGGUUGCUUAGGAGACCUGGCUGGACUCCAGGGGUGGUAGUCAGCGUCAAUACUCACUGAGUUACCCAGGCCCCCAAAACAGCUGUUAUUACAAAACUGGAAGGAAACUAAAUAAUAAUAAUAAAAAUGUCAUUUGACUGAAAUAUGUAAGGUAAGACACUAAUACACUAAGUAAUAUCCUUAACUUUAUAAUUAAAACUAAAUGUCACUAACUGUUUUAGACUUUAAUUUUAAUUUUAGACUUUCAUUUUUAAAUAUGUUUUCUCAAUUAUUCUUAAAACUAACUGGAUUAAUGAGGUGAUGAUACAUUUGUUUGUAUGACUUGGAUCUUCCCUGCUGAGACACUGUGAUUGACCUGUUUCACCAUCCAUUUAAUAUGUUAAUGCACGUUUGACAUCGAUAUACAGUAUGUCUGUAUUUGUUGAGUAACUUUGGAUAUUUCUAAUGAAACAUAAUGUACAUUACCUGAUGCAUAAGGAAACUGUCUCUAAAGUUCUAGUGAGUCAUCAUCUCCAUGUCAUCCUUGCUUUUGUGACCUGUGAGAAUUUGUUCGUCAUAGAUUUUCCACAUUAGUUUUCACAUCAUAGAACAAAAAUCUCUUUUAUUUGAUUUAGCUUCUGAUUUUGUAUCAUCCUUGCAGUAUAGGGAAGAUGGGGAUUAAACACGCAUGAUACAACAAGCCCUAAGAGUUCAUUAAUAACAUAAAUAUGUCACCACCUCUGUUCAAUACAAAUUCAACUCAAUCGUGGGGCAAAAAAUACAAAUACAAAAAAGUAUUCCGAAAAUCUGGGUUAUAGUGAGGCAUUUAGAAUGGAAGUGAAUGGAAUCAUUUAAAAAAAAUCUGUUUAAAUUUAUAUCCAAUUUUACAGUGUUGUUGACAUAAUUUAAACAACAUUACAGCUCAAAUGAGAAUAGAUAAUUGAAAACAUUUAUGUUUUUUGGAUUAACAUUUUUUUUUAUUGAUUCAUACAUUAACAAAUAAAAGCAAGAACCCCCCUCCCAAUCCCCAACCCCACCCAAAAGAACACCCCAGUGGUUCCACAUGAUUAUAGACACACAAAAACAAAUAUUAAAUAAAUAAAAUAUAAUAAUCACACACAUAACAUCUACACCUCUCUCUCUCUCCAUUGUCCCUCCCCGAGAGCCCUCCAAAAAUGCCAGAUAUUUGCCCCACUUUCCCAUAAACAAAUCCAAAUUAUCCAAUCCUCUAAAUACCCCUUCUUCAAAAGCUGCCACCCUCACCAUCUCCACACACCACCCCAGAAAUGAUGGUGCUGCGUCCGUCCGAUGAUUGUCUGCCAAUCAUGACACUUGUCAGAAUCCAAUUUUCUAUAAAUUUGUCUGAUGAAAAAGUAAAACUUGAGUCACACAAAUAUCUUGAACCCUCUCCCAAAAAUCUUGAAUCUUAACACACACCCAAAAGACAUGAAUUGUGUCUCCAACUUCUGACUGGCAAAGCGGGUGUGUCUUUUAAGACCAAGCCUAUGUAGUUUGGGUCCAGUAAAAUCAUAUAAAAUCUUGUCCCUCCUCCAAAAACUAAUUUAAAUAUUCCUCCCAUAAUCUUUUGAGAGAAUUUAGAGCUCCAUCUCCCAGACUCUGAUAUAGCAGGGAGUAAUACACUGAUGCCUCAUAACCCUUCCCAAAAGCAGCAAUCACCACUCCCAGAGUAUCUGCCGCACUAGGGGGGGUGCAUGCUACUCCCAAAAACAGUGCAGAGUAGGUGGCGCAGCUGUAAAUACUUAUAAAUUAGAGAUCUGGGAAUCCCAAAAUGGUGAACCAAAUUUUCCACUCUCAUAUAGGUCACGAGUGUAUUAACCCCCUUCACAAUCCAAUCUGAACAACAGAAAGGGGACUUAUUUAUGUUAGUACUAUUAUAAAAUUAUAGGCCUAAGCUUCAAAUUCCUGCUUUUAAACCCAACAAAAAAUGACCCCAUUUACUUCCAUUUUAAAAGCUUCAAUACUGUAUAACCUUGAUUUGUGUCCUUUGAGCAUAACUUGUAUUGAAUCCGGAAUAUUCCUUUCAUGAAUCAGUUUAGUAAACUUUUCUCUUGCAAAACAUACGAUUGCCUGAUACGGGUCAAAGUUACAUACAAUUUUGUUUGAGAACAGGUAUUUAAUCUCCAAGUCAUUGUUAACUCUCUGUGUUUUCAUUUCAAAUGUUUUUAGAAAUUAGACUGUUUGCUGAAAGUGACAAGUGUUUGAUUCCCCACUAACAAAACACUUUUAUUGAUGUGCCCCGAUUUUUUCACUGAGCAUCAGGGUUUAUAUGUCAGACAAUGAGGAAUGUACAAAGGCUUGUCAUAAUUGUGGUCUGUGCACCUCACAGCAAGUGACAGCUGUUAUUCACUUUUCACUUCCUGUUUCUCAGUGGGUUUUGUGUUACAAUCUUACAGCAGUAUAGCAAAGCUUACCAAAGAAAUCGUACAUAAGUUUUUAUUAGAUUAAAUUAGAAUUUUGCAAAAAGUUUAUAUUUAAAAAAAAUGCAAUCUAUUUUCAAGUGUACUUCACAUCUUUAUAAAUGUUACAGAAUGAUUUUCUUGCUCCUUUGUGGCCUAUAUUAAAUAACUUGUGCAACUGUGGUAAAUGUGGUCUUGAGAGAGCCCUGUGGUCAAACUCUCUGUCGAGUCAUAAACUAGACUUUACUGUAAAAGUUAGUUGAUACCUGUGUUAUUUUGUAGUUGAAAAACAGCACUUUUCACCUGUUGUAUUAUGUCUGUCUAUGUAGAUUAUAUGUGUGCAGAGCAGUGCAGUGUUUACAAAGACUGUUCAGUUUCUAACAGUUCUUCACAUUGUAAACGUCGUACUUUCACUCCUAAAACACUGGAGGGAGACAAAUAUGCCGAUUUUUUUUUAUGUAUUUAUUUAUUUUGCACACCUGGAUUGCGAGUAACAAAAGUCAAUAAAACAAUAUAAAGUUGUUCUAGUUAUACACGUCAGUCCUAAUCCCAGGCCUAAAAAUAUAUAGCCUAUGUUUAUAACAUGCAGUAAAACAUUAUCUUAUAGAAUCGAAUGACAAAGCUAGUUAAACAUUUCCAACACAUUUUAUGGCAUUUUAUGACAAGUGUUGGAUUUGGAUUGAAAAGUCCCUUAUUAAUCUUUACAACCUUUGUGUUUAUUAAAAAAAGAAGCCAUGUGUGUAAUUAUGCUUGGGUGAGUCACGUUUAAUGCACUUUGCUUUGUUUGUCUGUUUGUUUCUAACCUACUAGCUUACUUUUAUGAACAUUGGUCUAUGGGUAUUUUGCCUAACAUGCAAAAGGUUUUCUAUUGGGUUAGUGUGAAUCGUAUUCCCUUGUAAAUACUUGUAUAAUUUUAAAACAAUAGAAGUCUCUGGUUUGUCACAGUCUGUGUGUUACAGGAAUUACGAGAUGUUUAACUUUGAGUUAAUGAGUUAAUUUUUAUUAAAAUAAACACAUUUCAAGUAUUUUCUUUCCUUAUAUGAAAGUCACAUUAAAACUGACUUGGAAACUUUUAUUCCAGGCCUCCAUAAUUUUUUGGGGUACUUUUCAAAUGCAUUAUAUAUAGUUUUUAUUGUUUUUGAAAUGUCUCCUACCCAGACUUUUAAUUUUAAACUGUGAAAUUACACUAUGAAAAUACACGUUAUUACAUGUUUAAAACUAUGAAAAUCUAAACAAAGAGUGAAAUAAUGAUAAACAAUAGGCUAUAGCGGGAAAGUGAUUUCUAUCAAUAUUAGCAAAAACUACAAUUGUCAUGGCAUAAUUUCCACUACAUCAAACAAUAUUGUCAAUUGUAAAAAAUGAAAAAUUCUCCAAAAGUUAGGCCUAGUGUUGGCUUGCUUGUUAAAGUGUCAGUGAAAAGCAUGCUAAACAUGAAUAUCUCUUUAUGUUAUAGGGUGCCAUUUCCAAUCAAGCUGCAAUUUUGCCAAAUAAUGCAAAAAGUACGAAACUAUUAUUUCAUUGUGUAGAUAAUCUGUUUUUCUGGAACGCGGAAGUGUUGAAGCCGGCAUUUCCAUUAUCCAGUGUUUUCAGUGUAUGUUUUUAGCAGAUAAUGUGAGGUUUAGCAUAUUACACUUGUAGAUAAAUGCCAAAUAAAAAGCACGUGAUACAUUUGACUGUGCCUCUCCUGUCAAUGUUUAUGUAGUGGGUAGUUGGCAUGAAGUUCUGGCCCACGAAAGUUUCAACUACUUUGAGUUGUUAUGAAAGCCAACAACUGCACAAGUUGAGCCUGAACUUAAUUUUACUCUAACUAAUACUUGACCUGGCUGCUGUCCAUCUGGAUAGCUCGUUUUGUUAGUUUUUACAUUGCUUGGAGAAAAAAGUCCAGCGGAAACAAAGUUUUCUUCAAUGCAAGACAGUCCACUCUGUGUUGGCGGCCAUCUUUGGAAUGCUACCAGGCAGCAAUUUUCUGGGGAUACAAGCAGCAUUAAAAUAUAGCUUCUAUCUGCUUGAAUGGGGUAGACCGAUAUCAAACAUAUUUCAAACCAGCAGUAAAAUCUAACAACAAUGGUAUCAUAAAUUGUGCUUCUUUGUCUUAGAUCAAGCUUAAAACAACAAUUUUUCAGGCUGGUUCAGCUAAUGCGCAUGUGCGUUCUCGAGUUGACUGACUAGACUAGCAAUGUCUGUAUCUAAAAGGCGAUUAGCUCUUUUACCUGUAAAGGGGCAGUCACACUAGCCUUUGAACAUGUAAAAAAAACUAAUUUUAGAAGCAAAAGACCAGGAUAUGAUGUCACAUGGAGGGUUUCUGGUUUAGUAACACACAACUUUCAAUUAUGUAUCCUUUGAACUGUGGUUCAAAGAGGUCAGUGCAUGACGUUUCAAUGUUCUUUUGGUCAGGCAUCCUCUCGUCUUACAGAUUCGCAAU